AUGAAAUGUUAUAUUGAUGAUCAAUAUCAACCUGAAGCUCCACGGAACAGAACUUCUGGUUUCCAUCCUGAUUCCUGUAACAAUGUUGUGGACAACAUUUACUCCAAAGCUAUUGUAGUGUUAUCAAGUGGACUAGAAGUGAUGUGUGAUACUGAAACUGAAGGAGGUGGCUGGCUGGUCAUACAGAGAAGAUUUAACGGAGAACUCAACUUCUACCGAGGCUGGCAAGACUAUAAAAAAGGUUUUGGAGAUUAUGUCAAUGGAGAAUUUUAUCUUGGUAAUGAAAAUAUUCAUCACAUAACAACAAAUGGAACUUACGAACUGAGAAUUGAUUUUGACUAUAAUAAUAGUAAAUAUUACGCGAAAUAUUCACGCUUUUAUUUGUACGGUGAGAACGAUGGUUAUAAAUUACAUGUUAGUGGCUAUACAGGAAAUGCUGGAGACAGUUUUUCUUAUCAUAAUAAUAUGAAAUUCACAACAUACGACAAAGACUUUGAUGAAUAUGGACCAAACAACUGCGCUGUUAUGUAUAAGGGUGGGUGGUGGUACAAAGCUUGUCAUGAGGUCAACUUUAACGGUAUUUGGAAUAGUAAGGAAUACGGUCUAGGAGUUAAUUGGAAAGCAACCACAGGCUUUUAUAAUUCUGCUACUAGAACAGAAAUAAAAAUACGAAAAAAUAAGUAAAUUAAAUGCAUUAAAAAUAACAUAUUGUC